CACUCUGUGUGGUGGUGUUGCGCCGUUUUGCGCUGCAUCUCGUAUCGUCUCAUUUGUAACUGUGAAGGAAAUAUAGAUACCACAUCAGGUGCACCCUGCAGUGGAGCGCCCAUUCUUCUGCAGGCUUGCAGCUGCAGUCCUGCCGAAUACAGGCUUGCUGAAAGAUCGCCUCGCAAAAAGAUUCACCGAACACGGUGCUGCAAGCACGUAGCAGUCUUCUCGUGACGUCAUGGAGUCUGUGUACACUCAAACGCCGACGCUGCUGCAUUUCCCGAGCCGGCGGGAGCUGCUGGCGAGGUUCACGUACUACGACUACGCGGUGUUCGUGUGCAUGCUGGCCAUGUCCGGCUCGAUGGGCCUGUGGAGCGCCUGGCACGACAGCCGCAGCGAUGCCAAGAGUGGCAUCUCGCUGCUGCUGAACGGCGAGCGGCGACUUCCAGCGGUGCCCGUGGGCGCCUCGCUCAUGGCCAGCUUCAUAUCGGCCGCCUACCUGCUGGGAAAUGCGGCCGAGGUGUAUCGCAACGGAACACUCUACAUGAUGACCUUCGUGUCGUACGCGCUUGCUUUGGCCGUGACGGCGCACCUGUUCAUGCCCGUGUUCUACCAGCUUCAGGUCAUGACAGCGUACGAGUAUCUGGAAUUGCGCUUUAGUCGGAUCGUACGGAUUGCUGCUGUUAUCCUGUAUAUGUUCGAAAUGACAAUUUACAUCGCGAUAUCUCUGUACGCUCCAGCUUUGGCACUUUCUCAACUGACCGGAAUGACGCUGUGGUCGGCAGUCGUGGCCAUCGGACUGGUCUGCACGGUUUACACAAGCGUCGGAGGCAUCAAGGCAGUGGUUCUGACGGACACCUUCCAGGCGGUGGUGACGGUGGUGGCUAUGCUGGUCGUGUUAUCGCUGGGCAUGUAUCAGAUGGGGGGACUGCAGGAAGUCUGGCGGAUCUCACUCAGUGGCGGCCGCGUGCAAUUCGAUGUUAUCGACCCGGAUCCCACGGUUCACUACACCGUCUGGGGCUUGGCUAUUGGAUCUUUCUUUAACAACGCAGCCAGCUACGCGACUAACCACAUGAUGGUGCUGCGCUACCUGACUGUGCCCACACUCAGCAAAGCCAAGUUUGUCGUCUGGUUCAACUUUCCCCUGCUGUGCAUUGUGCUGUCGCUGAGCUGCUUGGCUGGUCUGCUAGUCUACGUAAAAUACGCCAGUUGUGAUCCCGUGGCAGCUCACCAAAUUUCUACGGACGACCAGCUGCUGCCCUACUUUGUGAUGGAUGUGCUUGGAAAGAUGACCGGAGUUCCUGGCUUGUUCGUUGCCGGUAUCUUUGCGGCUUCACUGAGCUCCAUAUCAUCUGGAGUCAACGCCUUGUGUGCGGUGUCAUACGUGGACAUCAUUGCCAUCAUCAAGCCAGACAUUCCAGACAAAAUUGGGGCAAAGAUUAUUGUGGCACUAGGGGUGUUCUUCGGCCUGCUGACGAUCGGCCUGGUGGGCAUCGCUUCGAAAAUGGGCAACGUGCUCGCCGCAUCCCAGGUCAUCAACAGUUCAAUCGGCGGACCUCUGCUGGGCCUCUUUACACUGGGAAUGUUUGUUCCAUGUGCUAACAGCAAAGGGGCGAUCACAGGACUCGUAAUUUCCCUGACCUUCUCACUUUGGAUAAACUUGGGUCAAUUCGUCACCUCCAUGGCUCUCACGCAGCCACCUCCAUCUAUGAACGGCUGUCCCGUUGAAGUGCGAAAUGCAACUUCAGCCACCUUGGGCGACGUCACAGGAGUCAUGAAAGAAGCCACCAGUGGUGUGUUACCAGAUAUUUACGCUCUCUCAAGCCUUUGGUACAGCAUGCUAGCCUGGUUCGUCUUGCUCGCGGUGGCCGUUCCAGUCAGCUGUUUCACUUCGACAUCAUCCAGCACGGACACCAUGAACCCAAAACUUAUUUGCCAAGUAGCUGACGUAGUCUUCUGGUUUGCACCGGAGAAAUUUCGAAGUCGCCUAAGGUUCAACAUCGGAAAGAACUACGUUGAGCCAGAAAAGUCGGCGACCCCCGAGAAACGGGCUUCGGCGCCACAAGUAGUCUUCGACUGUGAGAAGAAGGCAGAUAAGAAAAAGCACGACAGCUCGCUCGCCGCCAUCUCGUACAUCCGGCGGGGGACGAAUGCGUCUUUAGCUGUAUCUCCACCUCCACCUGCUCCCUGGAUACCGCCAUCGUCCUGUGACUUUAAAACGCACAUGUAGAGAGCGCACAGACGCAUCCACGGCCGACCACUGCAGUCCAUGCCUCCUAAACGUCUAAUACACACUCCGUUCGCGCGGAUGCCAUGAUCUUUAGUGACCUGCAUGGAGCAGUUAAACACGAACUAGGAUGUCUGCUUCUUUCAGUUGUAUGACAUUACUUUUUUUACCGGUAUGUGGUCAGGUUUGUUACAGCCGUGGUAAUGGAGGGAACAAGAGCUAGCGGCAGUUCUGCUCUGCUAAAGCGACCUGGAACUGCACCAACACCAUCGCCAAAGUUGUGCCAGUCAAGAAAACAGGUGUCUUGUGCCGAGAGUGCUAUACUAGUGCUAGGGCGGCUAAGACUAUCGAAACCCAGUUCUAGCCACUCUAACUGUGCCGCAUCAUAUAGGUAGUCCUCUAGGAUUAUUAGUUUCUGGGUUAGUUUCUGGACAUUACGCGGGCCAUACAAACCAUGACACCUGUGCCGCCAGACGAGAGUGACAAUGAAGUCUUUCGCUGCCGGUUUUGAAAGCAGGAUGACGUGAUUUGCAAAUCUCUGAGGGCCUUCAACGUGCGUCUGUGCAGGGACGCUCGUCAGUGGAAUGUCUUGUCAGAAUUAGAAAGGUAUAAUAACUCGCCUUGUGCCCACCUUUGUGCCCGUCUGCAGUUGUGUACAGUUGUAGAGAAGUGCUAACACUCCCCUGUGCUCCUGAGACCGGUAUUCAGACGGGAAAACAUCCGAUCAAUACAGUUAGCCUGAGAUCGCGUGUAACCUACCAGCCAUCAAUACUUACCCAACAUAAGCGAAUCGAAUGAAGUACAAAUACAAGGUUGAGAGCGUAUUCAGUGGAAGCUUCGCAAGACACAAGUUCGUAGUUACACACAGUGACGAGUCUUAAGUGGACUGCUACCUGAUAUGAUUGCCUUAAUUACCUUAAUUCACAGCUAGGCACCUUCACCAACUUACUUUUCUUUUUUCAUCAACUAAACAUCACUCGCCUAGCCACCAAGCAAAAGCUACCUUUACUGUCAAUAGGAGAGCACGUUCAUAAUUUAAGAAACAUUUAACGAUCACACCGACGAAUAAAACACGAUAUUGCAAAUGGGUUGUGCAGCUAUCCGCAUGAAAAACGAAGUUUCAUGAAAAUAAAAAAAAAAAAAAUCCGUUCACCACAGAGUAUAGCACAAAUGGAAACAUAUACUUGUUCAUCAGGGAAAAAAAGCUUUAGAGUUGAGAAAAAGAUUGUAAGGUGGCGGUGAUCGAACCCGGACUAGAACGAAUUGUAUUUUUGUGAUACUGUCGCGCGGAUGAGUUUUUCCUUUUCACGAAACGUCCUCCACCUCGCGGAUUUCAGCACAGCUUGUUUGCCGUAUUGACUAUCCCUGUGCUUCGAGUUCUAGAUUAUUUCGCCCUCGCCAUGUGCUCCUCCAUCUUCCUGGUUAGCUAAGAUGACAGAGGGCCGCCCCGAAAAUGCUUUGGUUCAUUUCUGAGAAACCCGUAUCAUUAUUAUUUUUCCUUAGAUUUGUGGUACUCUAGGAUGUAUCACAAUAUUUCCUUUAAUCAAACACAGUAUAUUUGCACAGCUACAAGCCAAAAGCGUAAACAAGCGUUCAGAUUCAGUAUCCUGUUAGGUAAACCUCCGUUGUAACUUUCGUGACUUGAAGUCGAAGAACACCACACAUUUCUUGUCGAACGAACGAUAACUUUAUUUACUAUCCGGCGAGUUAUUCUUGCCGAGAUUCAUUUAUUUAUUUCUUGGCCUGUUGUCUAACUAUAGCUUAUUGUGCAGGUUUUCUUACAGAUGAAUGUAGGACUCGAUGCCGAGAGCCUUAAGGCCAAACUACACGUACCCUUGCAGGCGCGACUCGCGUUUGCCGCGCCUCGCGAGGAAUGUCAGUUUGCAUCUACAAGUAUACGCGCGCCAGCGCGCGCCCACUUUUCUCACUCCUAACGUUUUGACAGACAUCGUUUCGUACUUUGUUAUUGACUACGCUUUGAAAUGCAGAAAUAUUCAUAAACGAAUUUGUUUUAUUUUUACAGAGUCGUUAGACGAGCGCGAAAAUGUAAUGAAAAAACACAUUCUCGCAUGACAUAGCUGCCGUACUGAAUGCUGAUUGUACCACGCCGUAGCUGUAUAGCCAGGAGAGUAGAAACGCGAGGCAGCCAAUCACUGAUUAUCCGUGCUUGCGCCGCGCUUAGACGCGUACGAUCUGUCCCGCGUGAUCUACGCAUGCGUAGGCGCGCCGGAGCGAUCUCUCGCGCGCCGGCAAGCGUAUGUUUAGAUUGUCCUUUACCACAGACGUAAUUUAUUUGUACAUACCUGUCAUGUUAUUCGAAACAUCACGCAAAAGACGACUAUUUAUUCAAAGUGUAAAUAAAGAUGGCAAACAUUCA